AUGGGCGGUGGGCCUGUGGAAAGCAAAGACGUGCGGCAGUUCUCUUUCUCCGAUCUAGCGACAGGAUGGUCUUUUCGGCAGUCAGACAGCAAAGGUGCUGCCUGGCUUCCUGUUCAGAAGAUACCAUCGACUGUUCAGCAAGACUUGAUGGAUCAAGGGAUAGUGAAGGACCCGUUCUUCAAUUUUAACGAGCUAGAAGCAGGCUGGGUGGGAACUGAAUCAUGGGUCUAUCGCACUCAAUUCAAUGCUCCCGCAUUGGACAAUCAAUCAAAGACCGUACUCGUGUUCGAGGGACUCGAUACCUUCGCGGUGGUUCGUCUCGAUGGCAAAGUUGUUCUUAGAUCGGACAAUAUGUACAUUUCGCAUAGGGUGGAUAUCACCAACUUCGUCAAGUUAACAGCACGACAUGAGCUCGAGAUUGAAUUUGACUCAGCUCUCUUCAAAGCACGGCAGAUCCAAAACUCUCAUGCAGAUCACAAAUGGACGUGCUUCAAUGGUGAGCCUGCUAGAUUGGCAGUUCGAAAGGCACAGUACCAUUGGGGCUGGGACUGGGGUCCUCUGCUGAAUUGUGCUGGAAUUUGGAAACCCAUCCGGCUUGAAGUAUACACAGCCAGGAUAGCCGAGUUGCGGACUGACGUUGUGGUGUCAUGCGAUCAGAAAUCAGCUACAUUGAAAGUCAGCGCGGAGAUUGAGGAUAAUCAUAAUGAUGAGCUUCGCGUCGAAUUUAAAAUCAGCUUCAAAGGUAGGACGGUUUCAGAGAACUCAUGCCCUGUCCUCGCACAGAGCGGUGCUUUUACACACAUGCGGAUUGACUCACCCUCUCUUUGGAUGCCUGCUGGAUAUGGCACACAAGACCUCUACGACGUGCAAGCCACACUUUUCUCGCAAGAAAAGGAAUUACAUUCCGAAUCGUGCAGAAUUGGCCUUAGAGAGAUACAGCUGAUUCAAGAGAAUGACAGCCAUGGAAAAUCCUUCUACCUUCGCAUCAAUGGUAUUGACAUAUUCUGCGGGGGUUCGUGUUGGAUUCCAGCCGAUAGCUUCCUGACCAAUAUAACGCCAGAAAGAUAUCGAGCCUGGAUUGAGCUGAUGGUCCCAGCAAACCAGAAGAUGAUCAGGGUAUGGGGCGGCGGCAUCUACGAGCAUGACUCCUUCUACUCCGCCUGCGAUGAACUUGGCAUUCUGGUCUGGCAAGACUUCAUGUUCGCAUGUGGCAAUUAUCCUUGUUUCUCCACAUUUCUCGAUUCUGUCCAUCAAGAGGCGAUGCAAAAUGUCCGCCGCCUUCGACACCAUCCCUCAGUUGUGAUCUUCGCAGGCAACAACGAAGACUAUCAAGUCGCCGAAUCCGCGGGUCUUACCUACGACUAUGCUGACAAGGACCCGGAGCACUGGCUGAAGACCGACUUUCCGGCAAGAUAUAUCUAUGAAGCCCUCCUCCCAGACAUCAUCCGCAAAGAAUGCCCGGAGAUUCCCUACCACCCAGGCUCACCUUGGGGCGAUGGCAAAAAGACUUCCGACCCCACAGUCGGCGACCUCCACCAAUGGGACAUCUGGCACGGCAGCCAGGAGAAGUAUCAGAUCUUCGACUCACUAGGCGGGCGCUUCAACUCCGAAUUCGGCAUGCAAGCCUUCCCACAUCUCGAGACCGUCAAAUCGUUCAUCCAAGACGAGAAAGACCUGUACCCGCAAAGCCGAGUCAUGGACUUCCACAACAAAGCCGACGGGCACGAACGUCGACUAGCGACCUACCUCGCCGAGAACGUGCGCACGGCCACUGAGCUCGAAGCGUACAUCCACCUCACGCAGCUCAUCCAGUGUGAAGCGCUGACCUACGGCUACCGCGGAUGGCGGAAACAGUGGGGCGAGGGCCGCAGAUGCGGCGGAGCGCUGGUGUGGCAGCUGAACGAUUGCUGGCCCGCCAUCUCGUGGAGUAUCUGCGAUUACUAUCUGCGGCGGAAGCCGGCGUACUAUGCCAUGGCGAGGUGCUUGGCGCCGGUUGCGGUCGGGGCGAGGAGGGAGCAUUUUGAUUGGAGUGUCGCUCAUGCGCGCGAGCCGAGAUAUCUGGAGUGGCAGGUUUGGGCGGUGAGUUCACGGUUGGAGGCUGUGAUUGUGGAUGUGGAGGUGAGGUUCUGGAGCGUGCAGACGGGGAGGGAGAUCAAGGACAGGAUUGUGAGGCGAGGCGUGGAAUUGACGCCGAAUGGGACGACGGAUGUCGCUAGAGGAGUGAUUGACAAUGAGAACGAGGUGCCGCAUGUGCUGGCGGUAAAGAUGUGGAUGGAUGGAGCGGUGGUGGCAAGGGAUAUGGAUUGGCCGCAACCGCUGAAGUAUCUGCAUUUCCCGAACCGGAAUGUCGAGGUUGAGGUUAGAGGGAAGGAGAUGCAUGUACGCACGGAGAGGCCAGUCAAGUGUUUGGUCUUUGAGGAGCGCAUGGGAUACUCUCUCAGUGACAGUGCGAUGGAUCUGGCGCCCAAUGACGAACAGGUUGUUCAUGUGACGGGGUGGCAGCAGGAGGAUGAGCCGUUACGGUGGACAUAUUUGGGUGCAGGAGAGCAAUGA